CUGGCCGGCUUCCCCACACUUGAUAGUCGAUACCGCAUUUCGGUCGAGCACGAUGGCCGCCCUUCUCCUCUCCUCUCGCCUCCCCACCAGCACGGCCACCGCCUCCAUCGCAGCUCCCCGCCCCACACCGUGCUCCCUCUCCUGUCCCCUCACAGCCGCCAAGGCUUGCCGCCGCGGGGGCUGUAUCCUCGCCUCCUCCGCGACGUCACCACCGAGGGCCUCCCCGGCCGCGGCCCAGCCUUUCCGUUCCCUGCCCCCCUCCGAGACCACCAUCGUCGUCACGGGCGCCAUGGGCUACAUCGGCCGCUUUGUCGUCCGCGAGCUGCUCCGCCGCGGCCACCCCGUCGUCGCCGUCACCCGGCCCCGCAGCGGCAUCCGCGGCAAAAACUCCCGUGAGGAGGUUGUCUCCGACCUCGCCCCCGCCCGCGUCGUCUUCUCCGAUGUCACCGACCCAGGCGCCCUCCUCGCAGACCUCUCGGGAUAUUGUCCCAUACACGCCGUGGUCUGCUGCCUCGCCAGCGGCGGCGGCGGGGUGCAGGACUCGUGGCGCGUGGACUACCGCGCCACGCUCCACACCCUCCAGGCCGCGCGCAGCCUCGGCGCCGCCCACUUCGUCUUCCUCUCCGCCGUCUGCGUCCAGAAUCCGCUCCUCGAGUUCCAGCACGCCAAGCUCAAGUUCGAGGACAAGCUCGCCGCCAAGGCGGCCCGGGACCCGGCCUUCACCUACAGCGUCGUCCGCCCCACCGCCUUCUUCAAGAGCCAGGGCGGCCAGGUCGAAACCGUCAAGAAGGGCAAUCCCUACGUCAUGUUUGGCGACGGAAAGUUCUGCGCUUGCAAGCCUAUCUGCGAGGAGGAUCUCGCCUCCUUCAUCGCGGAUUGCAUCUUCGACCAGGAAAAGGCUAACAAGGUGCUUCCAAUUGGAGGGACGGGGAAGGCCCUCACGCCGCUGGACCAAGGGGAGAUGCUGUUCCGGCUGCCCGGGCGUGAACCCAGGUUCAUCAAGGUGCCCAUUCGGAUCAUGGAUGGUGUCAUCUGGGUGAUCGAUGGAUUGGCCAAGGUGUUCCCGGGGCUGGAGGAUGCCGCUGAGUUCGGCAAAAUUGGGAGGUACUAUGCGUCGGAGAGCACGCUAGUGCUCGAUCCCGAGACCGGGGAGUACAGCGACGAGAAGACGCCGAGUUAUGGCACAGACACGCUCGAGCAGUUCUUCGAUUAGGUGAUAAGGGAAGGAAUGGCGGGGCAGGAGCUAGGCGAGCAGACCAUCUUCUAUGUCUUCCGGCUUGCAGAUUCAGGGCCAAGAGUGGAGGGAGGUAAGUGAGACUUCUGAGUUUUGACACGUUUGUGUUUCCAACACAAUUAGUAUCUCAAAUGUAGUACAUACAAGGCAUUGUCUAAUUUGAGGGUGGAGAAUUGUGCUAUAUGAAAUCAUUUACUAUAGAUCAAUUUUUUUGGACCCCGCACACGUGUGGUGGUAGCGAAA